AUGGAAUCUAACAAAGUCUCAUUUUUCUUGGUUCUUUGUCUAUGUAUUCUCUCAGGCGGAGAGUGUAUAGAAUCACCAAUUUUUACCGGAAACAAAUGCUCCGAUCCAACCGGCUUGGACAAAGAUGGAAAAUGUCUUGAUUACUGUCAUGCUCAAGGUUAUCCUGGUGGUUCUUGUGAAGGCUUCACCGAUCAUUAUAUGUGUGUAUGUAAAGUAGGAUAAACUGAUUAAAAUUGCAAUUCACAUUUAAAAAUGGAUCUCUUCUCUGGGAUUCAUGUUGUCAAUUUCAUAUCAUAAAAUACAACAUUUUCUCCCAUUAUUUGCACCACAUCGAAAAUGUUUGGUUAACCGGUAGAUCAGAAAAGUUGUUCGUUCCACUCAUUCCACUAAAUCAACUGUAUAAUGUUGCAACUUUUAUGCCUAUGCAUAUAAGAAAAACAUUAUCGAAAGAAGCUAAGGUUAGAAAAUUUGACUAUU